AGCUGCACAGCAUGGAACAGCCGUUUGCAAUUUGGACCGGCUCGAUUCUUGUUGCAGAAUGACAGCCUCAGCCAGACUUGAGCAUGGUGAUGCGCACACAGGGAGAUCAGGACGUCACAGCCGAGCAUUGAGCUGCAUAGUCCUUUGCUUUCUGCUGUUGAUGGCUUCACCAUUGAGCUGCUUUAUAGCUUUGGAAGAGGUCCAACAUCCUGUGGAUCGUGGAGGCGACUUGCUGUUUCUUCCCAUUCGUGUUCUGAUGGAGCCGCUCGCGAGCUUUGUGAGUUCAGUAUUCCUAUGGCCGGUGCGGUUCCACUUUCGCUUACAAGCUCACAUCAAUGCAGCAGAGCAGACCAUGAGACAUGGCAGGGCAGCAGACAUGAGCCAGGUCCUUAGUCAGGCCUCUCAGCAAAGUUGCCAGACUCUCAAGCAACUCUUCCGCCAGCAGAUGGGCCAAAAGAGCUGCCCGGAAACGCUGCUGAUCCGCAGUGCGCAGAUGCGUGUGAGUAUCCUGCCAUCCCGAUUUGGGCGCCGCACGGUGCUGAUGGCCACAGACACACUGGUCUCACAGCUUUCGGACUCGGAGCUCCGCUUCUUGUUGGGAAGGGAGAUGGGUCGGGCUUGGCUACACCAUUCGGAGCUUCUGAGCCCAUGGAUUCUUCAACACUUCCUACGUGAUGUGAUUCUGUUCCCUCUACAUGUGAUAGGCCUGCAGCCCAAAGAGCCACCCAUGCCGAAGCGCAGCUUCAAGCAGUGGAUGCUCCUAAGACGCUGGGUGGAUGGCAUCGCAAAUGCCUGUGACGUGUAUCGAGGUUUGAGAUCAGGAACCUGGCCGGGAUUGUCUCUGGGUAAGGAGUCUAAACUUUUCUUUUUUGUGCAGUCUCAUGUUUCUCAUGUUCAAUUGUUCAGCUUCGUAGAACAAAAUCAAUCAAAGCAAGUUGCUCACUUGCUGAAUGCAUCAGGUCAGACUUGGACCUUGACCACCUUUGGAUGCCACAAACCCGACCUAUGGCCACGGGCUUUGACUCCGCCACCGCCCUUUGCGUGCGUUUGCGCGCCCCAGGCGGGCUCUCGGCCUUAGGUACGGCCGCCGUCGGCUCCGCGGUGCCUCGCUUGGCGGCCUUGGUGUUCUCGUUGUCCGCUCGGGAGGAGCGACAGCUCAAGCGGGCCCUGCGGCUGGGCACAUGGGGCGUGGGCCUUUGGGCUGCCAAGUCUCGGGCCGAAAUCUUCUCCUUUGAUCGUGUGGGUUUCCUGGCGGCCGGCGACUUGGACGCAGCCACCCGGGCCAUGAUCAUGGCGGCCAAUGCACCACAAGACGUGGCCAUGGCCUCGUUGCUGGGGACAGAGGAGCUGGUGAAGCAGGCGGAGUAUCUCACCUCAGUGCUGCCGGUCUCCUACUGGUCUCGGCAGCCCUCCCUGCACGCGCGGGUGGCAGACUUGAACUCCUGGGUGCACUCGCCCCUGGCACGUGCAGCGUUGAGGGAGGUCUAGAGUCUAGAGUCUAGAGGACGAGGUCUUGCAGAA